AUGCCUCAAUACCGAGUCAACGAUUCAGUGCGCUACAAGCCUGUUGGUGGUCCUCAAAGCCAGACAUCCGAAACCGUCGGCGUAAUCAAAGAAGUUCUUACCUCCCCCGGUAACCUAACCGGUCGUCAAGUCCAGGCUUCUGCUGAAGAUCCUCGCUAUGAGAUCGAAAAUAGCCAUACCCAGAAACGCACCGCAAUCAAGGAAUCGAAUAUCAUUGGACAUUGUUAA